ACAACGUCGUUGCUAAGAUACGACAGACUGCAGGCAGGCCGCCAAAGUUGCAGACUCUGCAGGAACAGCAUAGCAGUCCAAAAUUUUAUUUUACGCCAGGCAACUGCUUUUCUGUAUAAAAAUUAUGGCACAAAAAGCUUCGUCGGAGCAAACCGACAUGGGUAACAUUAACAAAAUUGCUAUUAAGCCUGGUCACUUGAAGGAAAUUCAUCAAAAGGUUCGACUAUUGAAUUUUAAAACCUUGAUCGACAACAUCCCGACAAGCAUCGACGAGAGCUCUUCCACCGUUUUAAAAUACAAAACGCCAAACUUCAGAGCCAGCGCUACGCUAGAGGUGGCUCCGAUGACGGAAGCUUGCAAGUGGAAGAUCGGCUGGAUCCAGGCUUGCACGGAUAUGACGUUCCACAAUACGUACAGCGACGAGGGAUACACAAGCUGGGAGUUCCCGGAGCUGACUUCCGGUACGCAGGUUAUGAUAAGCGACUGUGACGGGCAUCACUACCCCUGGUACGGCUCCCGCAACGAGACGGUGACGUUCGAAGGGCCGUGCAAGAUGUACCAGACGGCCACUGUCUCCAUGAACGACAACUUCCACCCCCACGUGACCUGGAGGAAUCCCGCCAACCGUAACCAAGGUCCACCCAAUCUGUCCCACAUCACGCGCAACCAGAGCUUCUACGUUUGGCUGGUCGUCUGGAACAUGACGUCACAAAAAGCAUACAUCCUAAAGACGCUCAUGUGGAACAUGCAGCUGGACAUCCUCGUCAACCCCGAGCGCCCUCUAGGCCAACGCGCCCAGCUGGUAAGCGAACCUGUGCCCAAGCAGCCAAUGGUGCUCGAGAACAACGUGCCGCUCCCUCGUUGCGCCCUCAUGCCGCCCAACGCCAACAGCGCCCAGAUGCUCGUCUGGCGUCCGAGGGUGGGGAAGCCCAUGUGCAUCAUACCCCCCGUCUGGAAGAAGGAUGUCCCCAUCGAGAAACAGGUCCCCCGAUACGACAGCAAACUAUGCAGGCUGUAAAACUGUAUAAGUUUUUUCCUAUUAGUGAAAUAUGUUUCGGAAUAUGGAUUGCUGUAUAUUUGCAUAUUUUUUUACAUUUACCAGUUUUUCCAUUUUGCUCAAUCAAUUUGUGAUACGUUAUUUUUUACGUACGUGGAUAAACGGUAGAUAUUUUUAUUUUUACAUAAAUAAACAUUCCAAUUCAU